AUAUCCAAAGCGCAUAGAGUACUUACAACCGGGUUAGGAAACUCUUGGGACAUAAAUUGGGUGGGUUAUGCAAGAGGCGUUCCAGGGUUGUAAUGAUGCAGCUGUCCUCCUAUGUAAUCGGCUGCUGCUCUAAUCUUCAUCCCAACUACAACAACUACUCAUUCUGGUUUUCCACUUCCCGCCCAAUUCGUUAUAGUGAUGCCACACCAUUUCUCUUACCUCGCACCGCAAGGCAGCCACCACCACCACCCUACGCCGCCGUCACCUGCUCUGCCGCCAAUAAGCCCUCUUCCUCCACACAAGUUAGUUCUACAGCUAAGAUACGAAGUGAAGUUCUUUCUCCCUUUCGGUCUGUGCGGAUGUUCUUUUAUCUAGCUUUUAUUGCAAGUGCUACUAUUGGGGGAUUAAUAGCCACCAACCAACUUAUUGCUGCAUUGGCAAACUCAUCGAAAGCAGCUCAAGUCCCUGACAUCCUCAUGGGUCUCGGCAUAGAUGUCGGAGCAGUUUCUAUAUUUGCAUUUCUUUAUUCUCGGGAGAACAAUGCUAAGAAUGUUCAGUUGGCUAGAUUGUCAAGAGAGGAAAACCUCUCAAAUCUUAAGCUCAGUGUAAAUAAAAAAAAAGUUAUUCCUGUCAGUGAUUUGAGAGGAAUUGCUCGCCUUGUCAUACUUGCUGGCCCUGCAUCUUUCAUCUCAGAGUGUUUCAGACUUAGUGAGCCUUACACUGAGGGCCUUCUGGAACGGGGAGUGCUUGUGGUGCCUUUUGCUACGGAUGGGAAUUCACCUAGUUUUGAGUUUGAAGAGAGUGAGGAGAUGAAGGAGGUCACCAGAAAAAGGAAGAUGCUGUGGCAACUGGUUCCUGUUUAUGCAACCAACUGGUCCGAGUGGCUAGAUGAACAAAAAAAACUGGCGAAAGUCUCCCCUGAAUCUCCUGUGUAUUUAUCCCUACGUAUGGAUGGUCGUGUUCGUGGCAGUGGUGUUGGUUAUCCUCCUUGGAAUGCUUUUGUUGCGCAAUUACCACCAGUAAAGGGGAUGUGGUCAGGUCUGUUUGAUGGCAUGGAUGGAAGAGUUUUGUAGAGAAAAUUUACUUUUCCCUUUUCUUUUUUUUUUUUGUUUUAAUAGCUUUUGUUUUCAUGCGUAUUCAAGAUCAUUUGUAUUAGUUAUACCAUCAAUUAUAUCAAAUAUUUUAUUUCCAAUGUACCAAAGAAAACGCAUUGCAUUCA